AUGGUUUUCACACUUCUAUAUGUCUCGAUUUGCCAAUGUCAACUCUACGUAACCAGGCAACGGUCUUCUCUGUAUUCUCCCUACCACUUAGCUAUGGAUAUACUGCAAUGUUACUCAUCUGACUCUGAGUCAGAUGGAGAGAAAAAUGACCCAACCGUUUCAAAAAGAGUGGAGAUACCGAUUUCAAACCCAAGCAAAAUCACAAAGGCAAAGGUGCCAACCUCAAAACUAAAGGCCGACCAUCUCUUUGGGCUCAAACCACAGCUACGCAAAAGCCAGAAUACUCAAGAUGAGCAUGUGACAGAUAUAGAAGAUGUUUUUGAACGGAUACGAAACAAAUCGCACUUUACGACUCUGACUCCAGACAUAGACAAUAAAGAAGAUCAACCUGGAAGCGACGAAAAGCCUACGAAUGACAAAACCGAGCAGCAGACAGUGGAGUUCAAUGUGGACAAAUUCUAUCAACAGAACAAUACCUUGAUAGACAGUGGCGAUCUAGACAGUGCCAAGCAAGAAAAGGAAAACAGGAAGGUGAAGUACUACGCUGUUGGGCAUAACCAGCUGAGCGAUGUGUUCAAAUACAACGACAAAAGACAUGAGCACGAUGACUGA